AUGGCCGAGCAAGAGGAUGCAACACCCUGGGCUGUCCUACCAGCAGCUGACGUGAAGGAAGACCAACAAAAUCUUCUUGAUGGCAGGGCUCAUUUUUCAAUUCUCGGUGUCGUUCGUCGGAAACCAGGUCGAGCAGAUGCAGAACCUACCAUCAGCAAAUCAUGUACGGAUAAGUUAGCUCUUCGACAAGUGACCUCGAUUCUUUCAUAUCCCGCCAGUGUCCUUAUUGCGCCCACAAGGAGCGCUUAUAUCACUGCACUGGUGCUCCCAGAAGAGGAGAUAUCUCAGAUUGGGUGCGAGAGGGCGUUUGGAGGCGGCCCGACAGGCCGGAUGAGAGCGCUCGUCGGCCAGACUUUUUCGGCGCCGAACGUAGAUGUUGAAUAUCACUUUCGGCCAUUUGAAGUACUAUCAGUCUCAAUGGAUGUUGUGAAACCCAUGUGGUCAUUUGGGAAAUACAGAUCAGACGUCGCAAGAAGGGCCGUUAAGCCCGGGAAUAUAUCCGCUAUAUGGAUCGCAUCAGGCUCAACGCUCAAUCCGUAUCAAGUCAAUGAUAUGUCACGCACUGAAUACACACCACGGAUAAACCCAGAGUCAACUGCGGUUGUUGAAUGCAUCAUUGGCGGUGCGAAACAGGGCACACCACUACCCAAAAGGCAGCUUGUAGGGCUGUCGAGCCGGUACUCAAACUUUUCUUCUAUCGCGGACAAUGAAAGCUCCCCCAAUCAGCCAGACGACGACCAUAAAAGUCCAUCCGCUGCCGAUUACGAAGAUGAAGAUCCGCAUAUUGAGAGAUAUCGAAAUCACAACUCCGUACGGACGCAGAAGCUCGAUGUCGACGCGCUUGGAAAACCCGGCCAGAUCCUUGUUGUUCCGCUGAGAAAACGGAGACGACGAACUAUCGAGCAGCAAAAUGAUCAAAAGUCGGAUGAUUCCCCGAAGAAGGUCGUCUCGCCUGUCUCCGCGGAGUUGUUCGGUAGUAUCAACAGAGGAAACGACAACAACGAGUACGCCGCUUACCUCGACGAAAUUCGCGCAUCGUAUUCGCCGGGUGAUACUGUUUCGAGAGAAGAAUUCAUUGAACUUCAAGCCAAGGUUGAAGAGGGAUUUACGUUAAGCCAGCUAUCAAAAUAUUAUGAUAGCUUCCCCCAACAAUCUACACCAUUACCGCCAAAAGAAGUCAUAGACUUCAAUCCAAACGACAAUGAAGUGAACGAUGACGACGAGCAGUGGCAGGCCACUGCGACUCGUGAGGCGUCAGAGGACAAUGAAUUAUCGAGCGAAGAGGUCUCAGAAUUUCAGAAAACCAAGAAGGCGAAAAAACUCAGAAAGGACAUACUGACAGAGCGCAUUAUUCGAGACUGUUGGCAGCUUGAAGUACAUGACGAGAUAGGCAGUCUGAAAGUGAAUAUCCCGUCACAAGUCAUAUCUGUCAUCUUAUCAUCGCAACAAUAUUCUUUGGAGGAGCUGGCGCAUUCCCACAAUACAAAGAUAGAACCGUUCGUCUCGCUGAAUUUUAUACGUGUCUCCGGAAAUCGCAGUGCCUGCGAAUCGGUUCGGGAGAUUGUCAAGGCAUACGGUGCAAAAAUUCACACGAAAUCAUUCGAGCAGCCCCUGUUGAAUGAUAAAUCGUGGUUGAUUGACGGCAAAGCGGCGAAGAGCGGGUUUUUGGACUCAAUAGCACGGACUUUGGGCAUAUACAUAAACGAUCCGGGUCGAAGUUCAGUUGCCUCGGCGGCAUAUACUGCAAAACACGGGGCUUUUGUUCGAAUGAAACGCGAUCUGGAACUCGCAAACUAUUCACAGUCUGCAAAUGAGCAGAUCUCUUUCUGUGCCGACGUGCCGUCCAGCGCCAGUGGUUUCAUGGCCCCAAUAUCAAAGAAGCGUAGGGAAGCCAUGGGCCUUUUAGAAAGAGGAAAGCCGUGGUCGAGGUGGGCUAUACCGACAUCACUUCAAGAUUAUAACGGGGAGUCAUUGCCACCCUUAUUUAGCCAACAUAAACCUACUUUCUCGUCUGAGAUACUUCAGGUACUGAGAGAAAAAUCGAGGAAAAACGGCCAACACGGUCUCGAGGAGAAAAUAUCAGCAACUAUCGGACAAUGCCUCUUUCGAGCCUCCGAUGUCAUGGAUAGUGUGACGAAAAUAAACGCUACUCAGCUGGGAGAACAUUCCUUCCCGCGUUUUUUCCACAAAUGGCUUCAUCCCAAGGGCGAGUCUCUGGUGAAAACCCGUCGAAUAUUUCCAGGCGAUAGAACGCAGAUUAGACUCCAUCGAUUCAGGAUGACUCCGUGCGAGCCAAACGAUAACAAACUACCUGUUCUCGAAGUCGAAAUUUCUGUUCCCUGGAUCACCGCCCCGGAAGCCAAGUUUCCAUUCGCCGGGCCUGAACUCUUGAGUGUUAAAGCCAUUGUGGAAGAAACUAGCAUAGAUUACCUUCUACCUGAGGUCAACUACGACAUUCGUUUCACACGAACACUUACCCAAGAGAUAUACGGAGUGAACGGGACUGAGCAGCCCGAAGCCUUGCGAAACGCACUUCUAUCUUCUUUGAACGAGGUGCUCAGCGAUCCGAAGCAACCGUUUCCUCCCAGUUGUCAGGUGCCAGUUUCGGGCAAACUGUUGCGCGACAUCCUGUCUGAUCAGAACCUUUCCGAGAGUCCCAAAACCAUUGAAGGAAAUUAUUGGUUUCCUGGCGUGCAGAAAGCCCUAGGAACCAUGGUACGCACAUACGAGUAUUCCGGGGAGAGGCUCUGCUACAGUCCCAAUUUCAAGCGGUCUUUAGACUCUAGAAGUGACCAGCUCAAUCUUGAGAUGUUUGUCAACGCCACGCCUUCGUACUAUUCGCCUUCGUACUAUACGCAAUUGCAGGGGCGCAAGAAUGUCGACGAAACACUUGAUCCUGCAAGUGACUCUCUGGUGCAGGAAUUUCGCGCGUUUUACAUGACAGCUUGCAGUCUCCCUCUUCACACCUCUGGAACGACACUCACAGCCAGCUUCUCCAACAUCAUCAUUCCCACUCUGAGCUCUCCUAAAACCCAGCCCAACAUCACUAUCAUUCUGCUCCUCAACAUCAACAACCCUAUCUUCCAACAUCAUCCCAAAAUCCUCCACACUAACAACCUUAUCAAACAACCGCUGCUGACAGUCCAUCAUCUGAUCCAGCCGAUCCUCAACCUCGCCAAAUCUACGCUGCACAUCGAGCUGUUGUAUCGCCUCCAUGAAUUGCGUGAAUGUGGAGAUGUGUUGCUGGAAUUGUUUGAGGGUUUCUUGGUGGGCGUGCCGUUCUUGGAGGAGGCGUUGGUGCCAGUGUGCGGUGUCGAGGUUGUGCCGAGCUUCGAGGUUUUGGAGGCGUUGCACUAG